UGGACAGGCUUUGCGUCUUCCCAAAAUGUCAGAGUGUCAUCUUACGGAGAGGUUUUAUUUUUGGCCUGGAAGGGGGUUUUGUGUGAGCUCUGACCCUCCCCUCUGAGUUUGUGGCCCAUGUGAGUCCAGGUCCCCCUAGUAUCGUGAUUCUUAAAGGGAGGUAGGUGGAGUCCCUUCUCGAGUUUGGGUAACGGCGGUUGCCACUCCGGUCUCCCUGGUCGUAACCCCAACGAUCCCUAUCAAUCCCUCAAGCUUUUCGACAGGUUUGAAACAAAGCCACCAAUGGAUCUGCACAGGCAUCGCACUGCGGGUGUCCAGGAGAAGUUGGAGAUUGUUGGGGUGGAGGACGAGGCUGGGAACCCCAUCAGCGCCCUGACCAUCCUGUCCCUGCUGGAGCGCGUGGCCGGCAUCAUCGACAAUGUGCAGUCCUGCCAGCAGCGCAUGGAGGAGCGUCAGCUGGAGCUGGAGAACAACAUCAAGACCAUCCAAGGAGACGUCCUCAAGCUGGCCAAAGACCACAGCGACACCAACGGCACGGUGGAGAAGCUCCUGCAGAAAACCCGCAAAGUCAGCGCCAACGUGAAGGAGGUCCGGACGCGUGUAGAAAAGCAAAACGUUCGAGUCAAGAAGGUGGAGACGACACAGGACGAACUGCUCACCCGCAACAAGUUCAGAGUGGUCAUCUACCAGGGGGAGACAGAAAUCCCAUCAGUGGCUGUAACCAAGACUCCCAAAGGCCCCGCCCUUGAGGGUCUGGACAUCGAGCCUGACGCCUACGACCUCCCUGCCGACCUCUCCUCAGACGAGGAGUACCUGAGCGUGGAGGAGGCCGACCCCUCGCGAGCUGCUCGCAUCAAGAAGUCGAUGGUGAAGAGCACGGAGACCCUGAAGGCCGCUUUCUCUAAGGAGAACAUGGCCAAACGAAAAGAUAACCUUGGAACCAAGUUCCACAACCUGGGCGAGAAGGUCAUGCCACCGGAGCGCCGGGAGAAGAUGCACCAGGCCGGCGAGCGGCUCAAGCAGUCCGGCGAGCGGCUCAAGGAGAACAUCGCCAAGAAGGCGCCGACCAAAGAGACCUUUCGCAUCAAGCUGAAGAAGGAGAGAGCCGUCGCUGAGGGGCAGGAGGGCGCCGAGGCUGAGGGCGACCCCAAAGCCAAGGAGGAGGAGCCCACAGGUGGGGUACCAUACACAGAGGUCGCCCUAGAAACCAAGAGGGAGGGGCCAGUGGACGAGGCCGGCGCCACCAGGAUACAGGAAGGAGAUCUGAGGAAGUAACUGAACCGGAAACCCGACUAAGGAGGGGGUGGGACUUUGGAGGAAGAAGGUCUGUGAUGGAUGAUGGAGAUGAAAGAGUAAACAUGAAAGAGUAAAAAUGCUAUCAGAUUAUUGUUAUAAUCUGAACAGUUUGGCCAUCGUAUGUUGUUUUAAGCAGAAAAGUGAGAGGUUCCACGAUUGAGAUUACUGGGUCUAAUCUGUGAGUCCAGGUUUUUAACGGGUUAAGAUGAAAGAAAAAGGAUGCGGACAUUUGACUCUCAUCUGUGGCUCUGAGCGAACCGGGGAGGUGAAAGGAGCUUCAGCGGGUCUUUGAGAGGAGCACUGGAGCAGCCAGAGAGCUGCAGCAGGAGCAGUGAUCAGAAUCAUGUGCAGCAUGUUGCCUUAACUGUUAGCUUUGAUGUUUACAGUCUUUAAAGACCCACUCCGAUCAUCUUUUUAUCUGUUUUAAAAGCGUCUCCAAUGGUCUUUUAAAUCACAAUUGUGACAUUUUUAGCCAAAAUCAAUAAUCCUGAGUCGUUUUCUAGGAUAUAGUUUCUGCAGAGCGGCAGGAGUUCAUCAGAAAUUUAUCUCUGAGUUGUGUUGGUGUCAUGGCCUUCCUCAUGAGAGCUCUCUGUUUCUCUCCCACUAGCUCACACCCCCACCUAAUAUUAUCGGUGCAGCAAAAAUGAGGCACAAUAUUGGAGCUAUCCAGCCAUACAGCUCUGCACCAGAAAACAAAGACAAACAUGGAUCUAUUUGUCUGCAAGUGGAUGUAUCAGAAUGGAGAGGAGCUGGGAGAUUAUAACAUCCUCAGCAGAUUUUCUACGUCAUGUGAUCUUUCAUCUGCUCAUGAUUCACGAUUUGAAUGAAAAAAAUACAAAAAAAUUACAUUUUUAACCCUUUUUUUACAUAUGUUCUCCACCAAAUCCCACAAGAGCAUGUUAAAAACACCAAAAAAAGCAUCAUUUUAAUUGGAGUGGGUCUCUAAACUAUAUAUUUUUUAUCAAAGUUUUCCUCACCCCCGCUUUAAAAAAAAGCUAAUUCUUCUGAAAUAUUAGAGAAUACCCAAGAAAACAAUUUUCACCUAUGCAGGCUUUAAUGCAGCACCUUAGUCAGUAUUUACUGCCCGCAGAAGGAAUGUGUGAUUUAAGUCAGUCUGAACUCUCUUGUUAAAUGGCUUCAUCAGCUUUGACUCAUUUUGGAGAAAGAACGUUAGUUGGAAGGUAAAAAGUUGAAUACAGUGAUCUCCUCCAUCCUCACCAGAUUUCAAAACUUUCAGCACAAAAUGCUUUGAAUGUGUCCAGUAGAAGAUCUGCUUUCAUGUUUGCCUUUAAUCAUCUGUGACUUGUCUUAUUCUGAAAAAUACCUCCAGUAUAACUUCAACCUCAUUUCCUUCCAAAUGAUGUUUCUGCACUGCUGUGCUGAUGGUGUGUGAAUAUACUCCAGCGAGUUAAUAAAUUUGGAUUUAUUCUUU